AUGUCUAAUAAGAGCCUUCCUAUUGAGGUGCGCGACCUAUGUGCACGGCUCGACGAAGUUCAACAGCGUCAAGCCAGUCGCACCCCGUCGGUCGAGCUGAGUCCUAAGCCGAAUUCCCAAGCUUUGAGAUCUGCAAUCCUUCGCUCGGGUCUUUCUGAGGUCCAGAUCCAGCAAUGUCGCGACCAAAUCCCAUUCCGAGACUACUGGCUCAAGGAAUCCGACGCAUAUCUCCACGCGCUGGACGCAAUCAAGACCUGUAUAGAUCCGCGCCUAUUUGCAGAUAGCUGCGGCAAGCUUCCCGCGGCCUUAGGUGGCAACCCGUCCGAGGUGCGGGCUGGCAUCAAAGACGAGGAAUACUAG